AAGGCGGAAGCCGCUCAGGGGGAGAAACCUCACCGCCCGGCAGGCUGAAGGCAGAGCUAAAAUCGGAGGAGGCUUGUAACUCGAAGCUGCGAGAGCGCAGCCGGGGGAAGACUCCCGGGAAGCGGCCAAGCACGCAGCCUGCGAGCGAGUUUUCCAGCCCGGCCCUUCGUUGACCAAAGUUGGCCCUCCUGCUCGGGGCGGAGGGGACGCGGGCCUGCUGACGUCAGCCAAGAACAGAUAAGAGGUGUUCUCGUCGCCGGAAGGAGCAAAGGGGAUUGUGCGGCGAGCCAGAGCGAAGCUGAGCGCCGGGAACUCUCGAUCGCAACAGCGAAGCCGCCCUUAGGAGCAGAGCUAGAGUCCGCGGGACAUAGCUUUCCCCCCCCCGGCCCGCAAAGUAGCCGCAAACAUGCCACAAAACGUGCUUCUUCCCGGACCUCCGCCUUGGGGCUUCAGGCUGUCGGGAGGCAUCGAUUUUAACCAGCCAUUAAUUAUAACCCGGAUAACACCAGGAAGUAAAGCUUCACAGGCAAAUCUGUGUCCCGGUGACAUCAUUAUAGCUAUUGAUGGUCACAGCACAGAGAAUAUGACUCACAAUGAUGCCCAGGAGAAAAUUAAAGCAGCAGCCCAGCAGCUCUCUCUGAAAAUUGAGAGGGCAGAGACUAAAUUGUGGUCUCCACAAGUAGCAGAAGAGGGCAGACCACAUCCAUUCAAAAUAAACUUGGAAGCUGAACCACAGGACAUAGGCUACUUUGAACACAAACAUAAUGUUCGACCUAAACCUUUCGUAGUCCAAAGCCCAAGCAGUACUCCUUCCGGUUUUGAUGGCAGCAGUGGACGUAGCACACCCUCUUCCAUUAGCACUGUUAGCACUAUCUGUCCUACUGAGUUGAAAGCUGCAGCUAAGAUGGCCCCCAACAUUCCCUUAGAAAUGGAGCUUCCUGGUGUCAAGAUUGUGCACGCUCAGUUUAACACUCCUAUGCAGAUGUAUUCAGAUGACAAUAUUAUGGAAACACUGCAGGGACAGGUUGCUACAGCACUCGGGGAAACACCCCCUAUAAGUGAGCCAGCACCUGCAGUGCCCCAGUCUGAUGUUUAUAGGAUGUUACAUGAUGAUCCUCAAGGACCUAGCCAACCACGCCAGUCCGGUUCUUUUAAAGUGCUCCAAGACAUGGUCUCUGAAGAAUCUGAUGGUCGUCCCAGUGGGACAAGGAGUGUAAAAGCACCCAUCACAAAGAUGGGUGCUGGUGCAGGAAGUGUGCCAAAAGUGCCUUUGUGUGACAAGUGUGGAAACGGCAUCGUUGGCACAGUAGUAAAAGCCCGUGACAAGUACAGGCACCCAGAAUGUUUCAUCUGUUCCGACUGCAAUCUCAACCUGAAGCAGAAAGGUUACUUCUUUGUGGAAGGGCAGUUAUACUGUGAAACUCAUGCCAGGGCUCGCACGAGGCCCCCAGAGGGUUAUGAAGCUGUCACCGUUUACCCCAAGGCUUAACUGUUUGGAGAGACACAUGCCUGCAUGCACGCCCAGGGCACUCUCAGCUUACGGCAGCUCUAGGGCUAAUGGCCUAAAUCCAGCAAACUGCUCUUUGCAAGGGGGAGGGGGAAGGAGGAUAGGAUGGAGGGCUCAGGGAAAAGGAUUGGGGUUUUUAGUAGACCAUUCUGAGUCUGGAAUAGGGGAUAGCCUUUUCCAAGACUUUAUCACUCUUGUCUGCCAGGGUAAUCCGACAGAAGUAAACAUAACAGAUUGUACUACAUUAAGCAAAGCUAAGUUCUUCACAUGGGUUAUAUUUUCGUUCAGAUGAUUGCGCACACAUUACUAAGGGAAAAAAAAAAGAAUCCGGUCUAUUGAUGUUCUCAGCCUCCAAGCCACAAACACAAAUCCUUUAUGUUAAGGACA